UCCCAAAAAUAAACAUCGAAGAUUUUUCCUGAAAGGAUUAGAAAAAUUUUAUUCUUUAACUUUUAAUCUCUGAAACUAUUGCUCCAUUCAGCUUGCUAACGAUUUCCAAACACCAACGGACCUCUUUUUUUAAUUUCGUGGUAAAAUAUUCAAUGAUAAAAACAAUAAAUGCAAGAAUAUUAAGUGAUACAUGAAGAUACAGAAAGUCAGAGAAAUUAGAAUCGUUAAUUGGUCGAAAUGAACUUUGAGGUUGAGUGUUCAGCUUUUCGAAACGCAAACAUUGUGGAAAUAGGUUUCUUAGUAUUGGACCAAAAACCUUGUCGACACUUUUUAAUAUCGUGAAUGGCCAAUAUCCUUGCUCAAUACUUGCGUAUGAACAUUUAAUUAUCCAACGACUCUUAUAAAGAUUCGAGCUAUUAUAAAAGAUUGCCCUUAACUCCUCGUAAUAGAAACUUGUACCAGUAUGGAAAAGAAAAUUGUUUUUUCUAUUUUUUAAUGAAUUUACAGUACAGAAUAGCUUUAAUAUACUUUGUAGAAAAUCGCUUGAUCCAAAAUUUGUUAGAAUUGGUUUGCCAAUAUUAUUUGCAAUAUAUUUAUUAAAAUCCUUGAAUUUCAAAGGAACGAGUGAAUUUGAUAAACCAAAUGAUUCAUUUGCUCGAUCCAUACAUAUCAUGUUUAUAAAAGCAGAACAAUUGCUUCCGGGAUUCGAGCUUAGGUCAGGCCAUUUGUUGACUGGUGGUGGUCGAAGGGAUAUCGAGUAUUGAGUUGUGAACGAUGUUGAAAAUAGAUGGAAAAUGUAAUGACCAGAAAAUGAACAACAAAGAAGCAACAGUAAACCAGAUUUACUCUUAAUCAGCAAUAGAAACUUUUGGAGUCGAGAUUGGUCAAUAUUUUCAUUUUCAGCUCCAUGUAUCGAAUAUGAUCUCAUGAAAUAUAUCAUCAAGCCAAGAAUAAUCAACAACGAGAUUAACAGGUAAACGGAAUAAUCGAUGAUCUCAAAUGCAGAUAGAAUUCCCUUGUUGAUUGAAGGGACAGAUGAGUUUGGAUAGAAAUUCAUGAAGAAACAAUAGCUACUCAUUACUACUGGACUCAUGGAUAUAUUUGGUAAUCCAUAAAUGAAGUCUCUUAUGAGGUUUUCUUUAAAAAUCAGGUCAUAAUUUCCCUGUGAAAAAAACAAAACAUCAGGUUGAUUUGCAUGGCUUUCCGGGCGAACUGAAAUCUGUAUUGGAAUGUUGCCUAAAAUAUUGGAUAAAAACUCUGAGUGAGCUGAUUGAAUUAGCUGAGGAAAAGUUCCUUCAACAACCACGUAUAAAAUUUUAAAAGGAUCUUGAGUAAAGUUCAUUUUCGAUUGGAACAUCAGAAUAGACAAACUUGAGGUGAAACUUUAACGAACAAAGUAAAGAACAAAAUGAAAUGAACAAAUUGGAAUCAUUUCAAUCAUAAUCUUGAAGUGUUCUUGUUUCUCUCUUAAUGAUUUUCUGGUAAAAUUCAAUUUCCAUUAUAUUGAUUGAAUUACCAUUUAAACCAUAUUCAUUUCCUACUAAUAAAAGAAGAGCACCUAAUGAUUGAAUUUGUUAUGAUUGAUUUUUGAUUUUCGCAUGAUCGAUAAUCUAAGUUUUGCUGUAAAUAUCGAAUUUCGAAAAGCUUCAAUUCUAAAUUAGGUCUUCUCAACACUCGAAACUCUUCACGAUUUUACUUCCAAGCAAAGAUUAGAGUUUUUACUCUUUGCUUUGACAGUUAGAUUUCCAUUUCAUAACAAUAUCAUUAGAUUAUCAAAUCUUUUCUCUACAAAAUGAUAAUGAUUUUCAAUCGAAUUGCGUUUGUUUGUUGAACAAAAUAAACGAGAAAAGAAUCGUUGAUGUGAAAGUUUUCAUGUUGAGCAUUUAUAAAAAUGAUCGUUAAAUCAACUAUUGUUGAUAGAAAUUCAAACAUCUAUAACAAAUCAACUUCGUUUAUAUUCCCUCGUCAAUAACAAUCCAAUUCAAGAUCAUAACGACAUGUAAGACAAUUUACUAAUUUCUAAAAAGUUACAUGAGAAUAUAAUUGUCAUUCGUUUAGACAAUUAGCUUAAUUUCGCGUUUUCAAUUAUGUCUCGUCACUAGUUGUUCAUCUCAAUCUUUAUAUCAUUGAAAUAAUUUCCCAAUUCCAAAUUAAUUGUUAAUUAAAAUCCUUUUACUUUCCAAUUGUUUAUAAUAUAAUUUAUAAAUAAUUGCCACGUGAGACUAACAACCAACAAUUAGAGUUAUUAACUUUUACCAACCAAACUUGACCAAUGAACUGAGUCAACACGUCAAAAGAUAAUCUAAUGAUAUUAUUAAGUAACUGUGAUUUUUACAAUUCAGUUAAUCAACGAUAAACAAUUGAAUUAACAUUUUCCUGUAAUCAGUAAUUCAAUAACUCAUAAUCAUCAUCAUAAUUAACAAUAAACUCCCGUCUUGAUGAUGACGAUAAUCAAAGAAGGUGAAAGGAAAACUUUUCACUUUCCAGUCUUGAUUGUAAUCAACUGAUUAUUGUUGUUAAUUGAUUAACUCGACUGACAAUUGGGAUCAUCACAUUUAAAUUAGUGUUAAUCACUUUGAUACUUGACUGUUUUAUGAUUGUUGAAUUGUUGUUCAUUGGACAAACUUACACAAGUGACCAUUGAGUAAAUUUGACUUAAUCGAUUGUUAAUUUAGUGAAUCCAUAAUUAGUUAAUCAACAAUGUCUCUAGUCAAUUAUUACUAUCAAUUUUAUGAGAAAUUGUUCUGGGGCGAUCUCAAAGUGACCAGAGCUCAAGACUUUUUCCUGGUCAAUAGUAGUUGGGGAUUACCGUUCAUUUUGGUCAUUCAAUUGACUUUUGUUAUGUUCCUUGGACCCAAAUGGAUGUCAACUCGUAAACCAUUUGACCUGCGACCUCUUCUAAUUGUGAUAAAUGGCCUUCACUUUGGUGCUUAUGGCUGUGGUAUUCUGGUCAUUGGAUAUGGAAUUAGUUUAGGCCGUGAUUCUUGGGCUUGUACGGCAAAACCAUCGGACGAUUUUCGUGAUGAUGUUAUGCUACGAAUCGCUUAUGCCCUUUUCUGCAUGAGAAUUUUAGAAUUGACCACACCCGUUAUCAUGGUUCUUCGAGGUAAAUCAGGCCAAUCGCCGAUCGCCAAUUCCUCUACAAUGGAUUCUACAUCUUAAUCAUUUACCAUUGCAUGAAUCGCUACUACAAAGAUAUGGUUUAUCUUUAUCCUUAUACCGACGCGAUGAAGAUCACAUUGAGAUCGGGCUACUAUUCACUCACCUCACCAGGACCUGAUUUCCGUCGGUUCCAUUGGCCUAAACACUACGUGACCAUAUUUUCACUAAUUGUCGCUCUUUUCAACGUUUAUCACCUAAUCUACUUGAUCGCCAAUAAUUGUGACGGACCGAAAGUGUUAAUGUUUUCAUUUCUAACUCUUGCCUUGGGCGAAAUCAUCUUUUACCUCAUCAAACUUAGUCCACAAUCAGGUAAACAAAUCGACCAACAAUCAAUACAAAAGUCGUCCAACAAAUUGCAAUAGCUGAUUGUUAACUCAUCUCGAAGCUCUAAUUGAUCCGAACAAUCAAGAAGCAACAACAACUGUAAUCGUUCAAGUGGUCGAAGUUCCAAAAAUAAAAGAAAACCGAUCACGCUGAUGAUCAGAAUUCAAUCAAGAAUAUCGUUUCAAUU